AUGAGAAACCACACUUCAAUUACAACAUUCAUCCUCCUGGGACUCACAGAAGAUCCUCAACUGCAGGUCUUGAUUUUUAUUUUCCUACUGGUCACCUACCUAUUGAGCGUAACUGGUAAUUUAACCAUCCUUACCCUCACAGCAGUGGAUCCCUGCCUUAAAACUCCCAUGUAUUUCUUCCUCCAAAAUUUCUCUUUCCUAGAAAUCUCAUUUACAAGUGCCUGUGUCCCAAGGUUUUUAUACAGUAUUUCAACCGGAGACAGAACAAUUACAUACAAUGCAUGUGCCGCUCAGUUAUUUUUUACAGAUCUCUUUGGGGUAACUGAAUUUUUUCUUCUGGCUGUCAUGUCCUAUGAUCGCUAUGUGGCCAUCUGUAAACCCUUGCAUUACAUGAGCAUCAUGAAGAGCAAGGUGUGCAGAGCAAUGGUAAUCUCCUGUUGGCUGGCAGCCCUCAUGGUUAUCCUGCCGCCACUUAGCUUAGGCUUCCGUCUGGAAUUCUGUGACUCUAAUAUCAUCGAUCAUUUUGGAUGUGAUGCAAGCCCUAUUCUGAAAAUAUCAUGCUCAGACACAUGGUUAAUUGAGCAGAUGGUAAUAGUCUCCGCGGUACUGACCUUCAUCAUUACUCUUUUGUGUGUAGUCUUUUCCUACAUAUACAUCAUCGGGACAAUUCUAAAAUUCCCUUCUGUUCAGCAAAAGAAAAAAGCUUUUUCAACCUGUUCUUCACACAUGAUUGUGGUUUCCAUCACCUAUGGCAGCUGCAUCUUCAUCUACAUCAAACCAUCUGCAAAAGAAGCAGUAACCAUUAAUAAGGGUGUUUCAGUGCUUAUAUCUUCCAUAUCACCUAUGCUGAAUCCUUUCAUAUAUACCUUAAGGAAUAAACAAGUUAAACAAGCUUCUCUUGACUUCCUCAAGAAAAUUGCAUUUCUUUUAAAGUGA